AUGCGUCCACUCUUCCAUCUUAUACUCAAUCUCCUCAAGCUUCACCCCCACAUCCGAGCCACCAUCCUGCUCUCUCCAGCUACCUCCGACCGUAUGAUGAAGGAUCUCAACGCUUUCAUAAACAGUGAGAAGAAACUGCAGAGCAGAGGCGGUACGGGAUCGAUCUCGGAACACCUACAAGUGGUCACUUGCGGCAAAGAUAGCACUGUUGUCUAUGAUGCCGCCGCGGCUCAGAAGGACAUCGAACACUACUCAAUCGUGUUACCCGGGUUCAUCAAGGGAAUCUUCUCCGGUGAGAGAGAUUUAGGUUACGGUCGAAACAACCGCUUGGAAUCGAUGAUUCCGACCAAAAUCAUCAUGGAUAUGUGUCAGUUUACGGUCCCAGACAUUCUGCGAAAGGCCGUCAGCGAAGUCGACCGGCCCAUGCCUCCGGUGCUUGUGUUCUGUCCCAUUAGCUUCUCGGCCAUGUACUCUAUGUUCGUCACGAAUGGUCUGCAAGGGAUGUAUGGUAGAGUGUUGAAGAACAUUGAUCGAGAUGUUGCCGCGGGGAUACCCGUCAAAGAUGCGUAUGCGAAGCGAUCUUUCGACUUUCCCGGUGAGGUGGUCCAGUUCAUUGACAUUCCCUACAAGUAUGACUAUGAGCUGGAACCGCAUUGGGCUUUGCAAGAGAUCCCGGCAGAAAGUCUGAUGGCGUUUUUCCCCAUUUACCACACCAUGUUCGACCCAAUCGUCAGUGGUUUCAUCUUGCCCUUCACUGGCGAGUUUGAAGCCGAGACUAUCAAAGUCAUUGAGAAGGAAAUGGGGAAGCCUUUGUUCAGCGUCGGUCCGCAAGUCCCAGCCGAUGUGUGGGGCAACACUUUGCAGAGGGAGAUCGCUAGUGACGACGACAGAAAGGCUCUAACUUUCUUGGACGAUAUGAGGACCGUACAUGGGCCCAAAUCUGUCUGUUAUCUCAGCUUCGGAUCCCUCUACUUUCCUCACCGUCGACCGGACAUCAUCCGCUGGAUGUUGCAGACACUUCAGGAGGCCGGCAUACCAGUCCUCUUUGCUCUUCCCUCGGGCCUCAAAGCCGUCCCCCAAGAUUUCCUCGACGAAUUCAAAGACUUCAAAGACUACUGCCAUGUCACUUUCGCGCCUCAAUGGCAGGUGUUAAACCAUGCCGCAACCGGCUUCUUCAUUACAAUCCUCGCAGAGGUUCCCAUCGUUGCUAUGCCCUUCUUUGGCGAUCAAGGCGAGAUUGCUGCCCUCCUCACCGAAGUUUUCAAGAUCGGCAUUGACAUCAAGCAAACCAAAACGUUCGCAAAUCCAGCUCACAACACCCUCUACGAUGGCACCAAGAUCGUCGGAACGGAGGACGUGAUCAAGGAAGAAAUGAGGGGUAUCUGGGUCCGGAUGACGGGGAAGGAGGGAGAUGAGAUGAGGAAGAGGGUGGCUGAGUUGAAGCAGAGGAUCAAGCAGAGUGUUGCGAGUGGUAUGAUAGGAAGAGACUUGACCAAGAUCGGACUUGGCGAGUGGGCAUAG